CGCAGCACCCGGCUGCUCCCCCAACGCACAGCACCCAGCCAGAACCUCCCUGCACAGCACCCAGCUGCCUUCUGCACCCCACGUGUCUGGAUGAAGACUACUCUUGGGUCAGGGGCAGGUUUGGCAGCCCCCUGUUCCCGUUCCCAAAGCCCGGCGCCCGAUGCCCGUCCCCGCCCGACGCUGCCACCAUGGCUGGGACGCAGGGCUGCAGCGAGGGGAAGAUCGCAGGGCUGUACGACCUGGAGCGCACGCUGGGCAAGGGCCACUUUGCGGUGGUGAAGCUGGCGCGGCACGUCUUCACCGGGCAGCGGGUGGCCGUCAAGGUGAUCGACAAGAGCAAGCUGGCCGGGGAGGCGGCGGGGCAGCUCCUGCAAGAGGUGCGCUGCAUGAAGCUGGUCCAGCACCCCAACGUGGUGCGCCUCUACGAGGUCAUCGACACCCACGCCAAGCUCUACCUCAUCCUGGAGCUGGGUGACGGCGGGGACAUGUUCGACCACAUCAUGCGGCACGAGGGCGGGCUGGCCGAGGCGCGGGCCAAGCACUACUUCGCCCAGAUCGUCCACGCCAUCUCCUACUGCCACAAGCUGCACGUGGUGCACCGUGACCUCAAGCCCGAGAACGUGGUCUUCUUCCAGGAGCAGGGGGUGGUCAAGCUCACCGACUUCGGCUUCAGCAACCGCUUCCAGCCCGGCAAGAUGCUCACCACCAGCUGCGGCUCGCUGGCCUACUCGGCGCCCGAGAUCCUGCUCGGGGAUGAGUACGAUGCCCCGGCUGUCGACAUCUGGAGCCUGGGGGUCAUCCUCUACAUGCUGGUGUGCGGCCACCCCCCCUUCCAGGAGGCCAACGACAGCGAGACCCUCACCAUGAUCAUGGACUGCCGCUACACCGUCCCCCCGCACGUCUCGGCACAGUGCGCUGAUCUCAUCUCCAGGAUGCUGCAGCGGGACCCGAAGCAGCGAGCCUCCCUGGAGCAGAUCGAGGGUCAUGCGUGGCUGCAGGGGGUGGACCCGUCCCCCGCCAGCCGGUCCCUGCUGCCCCUCACCUCCCACAAGCGCGUGUCCGAGGAGGAGCACGAAAUCAUCCUGCAGGCCAUGACGUGUGGGAACAUCGCGGAUCGGGACACCAUCCAGGAGGCGCUGGAGGCCGACCGCUACAACCACAUCACGGCCACGUAUUUCCUGCUGGCGGAGAGGAUGCUGCGGGAGAAGCAGGAGAAGCAGGGCCACCGCCUCAGCCUUGUCUACAACCUGGCCAAGGAGGUGCAGAGCAGGACCAACUUAUCGGACACGUUUGGCUCCGGGGGCAGUGCCAGCGGCCUCCUGCCCUUCACGGAGGUGCCAGGCGGCCUCACCAAGGGCCCCCGGCUGCCCCCCCUGCCCACCGGAGGGGACAUUGGCGGCCGGCAGCCCCCCGGGACUCUACUGAAGGUCCCCGCCGUUGACACCGCCAUCACCAAAAGCACCCCGGCCCUGCAGCAGAUCUGCGAGGAGGAAGAGGAGGAGGAGGAGGACGAGGAGGGGAGGCCCAGUGCCAUGGAGAGGAAAAGCAGCUCUCUGAACCAGGAGCAGAUGCGAGCCUUCCUGCGUGCCCGCCGCCCGGCCGGCCGCGGGGAGGUGUGGGGGCUGGGGGCCGAGCUGGGGGGCUGGGGCAGGCGCCCGGGGGUGGCCUGGGCUGGGAAGGGCGUGAGCGGGGGCCGGGGUCCCCCGGCGAUGCGGGGGAACGGAGCCAAGCCCGCCAGGAGGGAGGAGGACGUGGAGCUCGGGGGCUCCUCAGCGGAGCCCCCCAGGGAGAGGGGAGCCACCCCAUCACCACGGAGCGGCUCUGCUGGGGUCCCCCAGGCGCAGGGGGCAGAGCCAACCGCCGCCGCCCUCCCGGCCCCCGCGGACAAGUCUGGGGCACCCGCCAGCCCGGCCCGGCGGUCAGCGGAGAGCUCGGGCCUGGGGGGGACCGAGGGGGGCCCAGAGAGUGUGAUCAAGCUGGACCCGGGCAAGAGCAAGGGCGGCAGCCUGCGGGACAGGCUCUUGCAGUUCCCGCUCUGCGAGAAAGCCCUGGCCUUCAAAAUCCGGCCGGGCUCCAAGGAGAGCCUCCUCUCCCUGGGGCAGUUCAACUGCUGCCACGUCAUUUAAUCCCCGGGGCGGGGGUCCAGGAGGGUGCUCACUACCCCCCCACCUUUGGUCCUGCCUGUGGCCGUGGGGCUGGCAGGGGGCACGGUGCCCCUGCUUUGUCACCUGUGGCGGCCACCCCGCUAGACCCCCCCCCCCCGGGAGGGGACUGCCCAGGGAGGGGGGUGUGAGGCGGGCUGGGGUCUGUCCGGCGUGUCCCCAAACCCCCGGGGCUGCCGGGGCAGCUCCACGGUGCCGCUGGGGUUGCAUAGACCACGACACAUUUUUUUUAACUACUAGAAAUAAUUUUUUUAAAUAGUCUAUUUUAAUGUAAUUAAAUAGAGAUUGCUAUAUCCCCACCCCAAACCCCUCCAGGGGACGGUGGCCCCCCAGCCCCGCAGCGUGGUGCAUGGCCCCGGGGCCAGGCCGUCCUGCCUGGGGCAAUCGCUUGUCUGCCUGCAGCCCCCCCCCCCUCCCCGCCGUCCCCCCCACGCCGCCGGGGCCAGGCGCAGCCCUGCACGCAGCCGCGCGUGACCCAAGGCCAUCACCCCCCCACACCCCCCUUUCGGGCCUCCCCCGCAAAUAAGCUUCCUAUUUAUUAUCUCUUUGUUUUCUUGCUGGCAAGAAAUGAAUGACGACUGAGGCGUGGGGCCAGAGCUCGGCCCGAGCUGUGCGGCGCACGCAUGGAAAGGAUCGGAGCCGCUGGGAAGCAAAGUUCAUCGGGCUCAAUAAAAAUAAGCUCGUG